AUGCUGCCCAAAUGCUCAUUAAUCAAGAGACUUUCGCCCCCGUGCUCCCCUGGGCCUCGGGCAGAAAGUCUAGCCACGGAGAUAGAAAGCGAAGAGCCUUCAAGGUCCUCUGCGCUCUCAGCAAGCAGCCGCGGCGUCAAAGCCAAGCACUGCAAGACGCUCCCGGGUCCCGCGCCUCCUGGGGAAGAUAAUCGAGCGCGGAGCCUAAGCGCGGGGCACGCCUGCCCAGGAGCCGCGGGAACCGUCGCCGAGCGUCCCUGCACCACCUGGCCGCCUCCCAGUCGUCUCCCAAUUCACCCUCCUGCCGCAGUCCCGGCCCAUAUUAAUCCUCUGCACUUCCACCGGGCGAGGUGGCAGGAUGGAGGGAGUGGGGCGGGGAGAAGGAUUUUGCCCGUUCAAAGGCACCAGAAUCAGCUGCCAAUGCUGAAAAGGGUUUGCUUUUCUCGGUUUUUGACGAACAAAGGCAGUGGGAUGCCUGCUCGGCCAACCCCCGGCUGCCCCGGCCGCCGGAGCCCUGGGCUCCCUUCGCAGCCUGAUGCAGAGUUUCAGACGCAGUCCUGCUCUGCUCACACCCGGCUCCCUCGCCCCCUCGCUGGAGUCUGCAGACGGAGGGAUGCUGGGCGCAGGCUUUCCCUGGGCGGUUUAACAGCGUCUUAG